AUGGCCGAGAAGCGCAGGCUUCCGCCGCGCGAGCGACGCGAACCCGCCAAAAGACGUGUCUCCGAAGCCACGCCGCAAUCUCACAGGAAAAAAGCACCUACACCGCGCGCGCCAUCACCAGCUGAACCAGUUGAUGCUCCUUUACCGACGAAGAUCAAGGAUACAGAUCCCUUACCUAUUAUCCGGCACCGGCAAUCGAAAACAUUGCCGGACAAGGAGUAUCAGUCAAUCGCUGAAAGCGCAGUUCUCCUCACCUCACUCGAGCGCUCGAAGAAGAAGUGGUUGAGCGAUGGCAUCCUCGUUCGAUAUUAUACAAAACCCAAGAAGACAAAGCGCGAGCAGAUCGAAAAGAAAAACCCACCCAAGGAGUCCAUGUUAAAGAUCGGACCAUGCGAUGUCACCGUCGGACCUCAUCUGUUCGAUGCCGUGAUUUAUGUUGUAAAAGAUCCCAAUGCACCUCCAAGUCUGCAAUACGCACCCCCUCAGCGACCUUCGGUUCAAUGGGGCGUCCCCCAUACCGUAUACAGACCGUACGGCUCUCCAUCUAAUGCGCAACGACCUACACAAUAUUCUCCCGCUCCUGCAGGACGUCCCGGAUAUCCAGGAAGCCAGCCUUCACCUCAGCAACCCCAUGGCCCGAACACAGGCAACGCACCCUCUCCCCAGGGAGGACAACGACCGGCGCAAGGACAGAAAGGUCCCAAUGGCCAACCUGCGAAGCCUAGUCCGGAUCCCGUGAUUCAAAUGCUGGCUACAAGGGCAGCCGCAGACCCCGAGCUCAAGGCACUGAUGCGCGUCGUGGCCUCCAGCCAGGCAUCGCAGGAGCAGCUCCGGGCUUUCCAGGCACACAUUGAUGAACUUAACGCCAUAAUAAAAUCGAGAGAACAGCAAGAACAACGCCAGAAAUCUGCGGCUGGAACACCUACUCCGGCAUCACAAACACAAUCCACCCCUCAGCCACCGCAGAAGCAAGACAGCGAGGCAAAACCAGCCUCCCAGACAUCAAAGGCUCCAAUUGCUACUGGCUCGGUGAACGUCAAGGAAGAGCCGACGGCCACAGGGACUGCUGCGUCUCAACCCACGCCAUCCGAACCAGCGCGUCCAGCAGUAGUGCCCUCGCACUCUGCGACUCCUGGCCCUGCAAGCACACCGCUUCCUGCCUCCACGCCGGGACCCCAGCAGAGCCCUGCAGUACAACCUCUACCGCCAGCAGGAGCUCAACAACUUGGACCACGGCCAGGACCGCCGUUCACCCCCUACCAACAACCUUCUUACGGGCUCCAAGCUCCGCUCCAGUCCCGCCCACCUCAAUAUGGUACACCUAGCUCAUACCCUCGACCCCCAACGAUUCCAAUCGCCCCUCCACGAGUGAGCUACAGCGCCGUGGUUUUCGAAUUCACCUCUCCCUUGACACCGUACGGAAGCAGCACGUCAGGCCAUGCUGGCUCCGGAGACCGUUACCUGUUUCCCGAACACACAAUUCUGGAAUGGCUCCCAGCCGAAAACACAGUCAUUGCUUCAUUCUUGGUCGUCCGAAAGGUUGAUCCAAAUACCCCAUUCCCCCUCGAAGUCCCCACAGAAGGCGCAUCCAAAAGCAAAUCAAAGGGCAAGGGUGCAUCCAAAGCCAAAGGCGACAAGAAGGUCAAGGCCGAAAAAGGCCAACAACCGAACGAGUCCCCGGCACCCAACCAACCAGUCGCGCCAACCGACACGCCCCAAAAGCAAGAGCCCAUUGAUCCUGCAACACCAGGUCUACCCAGCACCCCAUCCGAGGCAAAUUUGAAAGAAUACUGGCAACCAGUGACCUUCCGCAUCCACGCCCCCAACGCCAAAAUCUUAGAACCGCUAGCUCGUGUGGUGAAGCCAGCGGACGAAGUCCGCAAAUACAUGAACGAGAUCAUGGACCGGGCUGAACGUUCCCCGGAUGGAUACCUAGCACUGCAGCUACCACGCGAAGAGGCCCAUGAGCCCUUCGAGGCAGAAGGUACACCUGCCUCUUCUGGUGCAGGCACCAGAAGCCGUCUUUCUCGUGUCCAGCAUGCAGAAGAGUCAGAGGUUGAAACCACCGGCUUCGAGUUCGAGGAGGAGGAAGAGGAGGAUUUGAAGGAUUUCUAUGAUGCUCCUAGUGGGCUGCCGCCGAUGGUGGUAUGA